AACAGUUACUUGAGUUCAUGCACCAGCUUCCUGCAUUUGCAAACAUGACCAUGUCUGUAAGGAGAGAGCUCUGCUCUGUCAUGAUUUUUGAAGUAGUAGAGCAGGCUGGAGCUGUAAUUCUUGAAGAUGGGCAAGAGCUUGACUCAUGGUAUGUCAUUUUAAAUGGCACUGUAGAAAUUAGUCAUCCAGAUGGGAGAGUAGAAAAUCUCUUCAUGGGGAACAGUUUUGGAAUUGUUCCCACUCUAGAUAAGCAGUACAUGCAUGGAGUUGUCAGGACCAAAGUCGAUGAUUGUCAGUUUGUCUGUAUAGCCCAACAGGAUUAUUGGAGAAUUUUAAACCAUGUGGAAAAAAAUACCCAUAAAGUUGAGGAAGAGGGAGAAAUUGUCAUGGUACAUGAGCACCGAGAACUAGACCGGAGUGGAACCAGGAAAGGACACAUUGUAAUCAAG